AUGGACAGGAUGGAAGAGAAGAUGGAGGAGCUGCUGAAAUGGGUGAAAGGAAGAGAGGAAAAGGGGAGUGAGAAGGAAGGAGACAGGGAGAUUGGAAGAAAGGAGGCAGUGGAAAAGGGAGAAGAGGAUACAAAGGAGGAGACGGGGGAGGAUAAGGAAGAGAAGGAAAAAGAGGAACUGCAGGUGAGAGGGGAGAGAAGGGGAGGACAAAGUAAGGCGGAGGAGAGAAGAGGAGAGUGGUGGGAGCUAGUGAAGAGGGAAGAGGUCGAGAAGCAGGGGGGAAAAGAUGACAAGGAAAAGGGAGCUAGGAAGAAAAAAGAAGAGGAAAGGGAGACGGAGGAAAAGGUAAAGUGGGGUGAAGGAAAGGAGAUAGGAGGAAAAAAGGAGGGAGAAGGGAAAGUCAGCGGAAAGGAAGAAAGCAGAGAAGGAGAAGAAGAGAGUUACAGGGAGGAAAGAAAGAGGAGGACGGAGGAGGAAGAAGACAGGGAAGGCGAGGAAGAAGUAAAGGGGAGAAGAGGAGAGGAGGUGUGGAGAAAGGUGAUGGAGAGAGAAGGAAAAAGGAAAUUUCAAAUAGAAGAUGAGACAGAAGAUAAUGCAGAAAUAGCUGAUGAUGAGACUGAAUUAUUAAAUGAGACAGAAGAUAAUGUAGAAGUAGCUGAUGAUGAGACUAAAUUAUUAAAUGAGACAGAAGGUAAUGCAGAAGUAGCUGAUGAUAAGACUGAAUUAUUAAAUGAUCCGAUAGAAGAGAUAAAAAAUGAUAUGUUAGAAGGUCGACGGAAAGCAAUGUUGACUCAAGUGACUAAUGCUGAAAACGAUGGCUAUUACGAACAAUAUACCAUCUAUCCCUUAUAUGAAAAGAAAGCAAAUAAAACUGCGACAGCUUUAUAUCAAAUGUUAAAAAUUCAGGACUUGCCUCUGAACAAUCGACGUAAAGUUAUUCGUCGAUGUCGUUUUGGAUUUCCUCGUCCCGUUACUGAAACUUUGAAUAUCAGGGAUGUGGCAACUUCGAUAGCCGGUAGAAAACAAUUGAAACAUAAAAGUAGACUUUACGAUCUUCCUCGAACGGAUAAUGAAGCAUUUGAAACUGCAAAACAGUUAGUUCAGCAAUGCUUAGAUGACGAUUUGCAAAAACAACAGUCUCAGGAUGAUCCUGAAAAUGCAAUAGGUAUUCAAAAUAUAGAGGCUGGUGAAGCAAUGCAAGAUUUUAAAGAUCUUGGUGAUAGAGCAAUUCAAGAAAUUGAUGUAUCUGACAUGAUAGUAAAAUUAAAUACGGAUCAAAAACGAGUAUUUGAUAAAGUUACCAAUGCUAUAGAGUCCGAUAAAUCAAUAUUACGAUUAUAUGUUAGCGGAGAAGGUGGUACUGGAAAAAGUUUCUUAAUCAAGACUAUUAAAUGCUGGAUAAAACAAAAUCUCAACAAAGAUACUGCUGUAACAGCACCUACUGGUAUAGCAGCAUUUAAUAUAAAUGGUUUGACAGUUCAUAGAUUGCUUCAAUUACCCGUUGAACAUGGUCAAACUCCUAA